AAUACCCAAAUACUCUUAUUUCCUUCUCAGAAACCCUUCGUCAACGAGCAUCUUCUUCCUCAACCGCUACCUUGCUCUGAAAUGGAAUCGUCGCCGCCACCAGCACAAUCACCCAAAUCUCCUUCGUCUCCUUCCACUACCACUUCCUCCACCGGUACCUGCUGCAACUGUGGAGGCCCUACCUCGUUCGCGCCACCUCCCCAGUCCCCUACUGGUUGGCCGGAACUGUCGCCUCCCCCAAACUACAGGCCAGUCCGGGCACCAGCUAUUAACCUUCCUCCUAAUAACAACUCCCAAGCGAUCAUCCUUGCUCCUGUGCCUCAAUCCCAAAAGGUCCCAACCAUUUCUCCUCCUUUCCUCUUCCAAUCACCUUCCAAGAAAAUCCACUCCCCCGAUGACAUUCGCGCGUUUCAUGAAUCGGAAACAUGCAAGAAUUUCCUCGGUUUCGUUGUCGCCCUCUCAGAAUCAAUUCGCGGUCGAAAGAUCUCCGAUCCGUGCCACGAAUCCUCCACCACCACUAAAAUCGCCUCCAUCCUCGAAACCUUAAUCCACUGGAUCGACGAAAUUCCUCCGGUUCAACAAUCGUCUCGCUACGGUAACAUCUCCUACAGAACUUGGCACGAGCGGCUGAUCGAAAACAGCGAUUCCCUUAUGCUUCAGUUCCUCCCUGAUGAGCUCAAGCUUUCAACCGUCGAAAUCGUCCCUUAUUUCACUGACAGUUUCGGCAAUUCAAGCAGGAUUGACUACGGUACAGGCCACGAGACCAAUUUCGCAGCGUGGUUGUAUUGCUUGGCGAGGAUGGGGAUUCUCAAGGAGGAGGAUUACCAGGCUGUUGUGGCUAGGGUUUUUAUGAAGUAUCUGGAACUCAUGAGGAAGCUGCAGCUUGUAUAUUGCUUGGAGCCAGCAGGGUCUCAUGGUGUUUGGGGGCUGGACGACUAUCAUUUCUUGCCAUUUAUAUUUGGUAGUUCUCAGUUGAUCGAUCACAAGUACAUGAAACCGAAAUCAAUUCAUAAUCAGGAUAUUCUGGAAAAUUUCUCCAAUGAGUAUAUGUAUAUAUCUUGCAUUGCCUUUAUAAAGAAGGUGAAAAAGGGUCUCUUUGCUGAACAUUCACCAUUGUUGGAUGAUAUUAGCGGGGUGCCCACUUGGAAUAAGGUGAAUAGCGGGUUGCUUAAAAUGUAUAAGGUGGAGGUGCUGGAGAAGGUUCCUAUCAUGCAGCAUUUCCUGUUUGGAUGGCUCAUCAAGUGGGAAUAGUUUGAUCUAUAACUGUAUUGGGAAACAAUGUGCGCUGCGGCACCAGGAGAUUUCAAUUUUGCCAAGUUUCAUGAACAGUUAAGUACCAGUAUGUUUGGGAUUUAACACCAUGCCACCAUAAAUUAAUUUGAGUAUUUUCUUUUUCCUCCUUUCAACCCUGUUCGUGCCAAUUAACUUAAUGCACAUGCAUUAUUAGGUUACUGCCUGCUUGUUAAUGUUUGGUAUGAGAAACAUUUAAUGUUUAUGUACAGCAGGCUAUGGCGAAGUUCCUUUGGGAAGGCUGACAGAACCUUAGGUUAGAAAUUAUUUCCGCAUUAACAUGUAACAGUAAACUUAAAAAAUUUUGCCUUGUUUAUUAUGUUUUGGAUUGAUGGGUUUUAAAACUGCAAAUGGGGUGGUGCUCUUCAAAGUAUCCAUAUGGCUUCCUUUUCUGUUCCAUACAUUAUUCUUCUCUUCCUAUUUAUCUGAUUUUUCUUCUUCGUUUUUGGUAGAAAUCUGAUUUUUCUUUUCUUUAAGUGUUCUUAAAAGCACCAUGCACGAUACCUUUCA